CCCGGAACACAAACAGCAGAACAAACACAAGAAACAACCACACAGGAAGCCCAUCGGAGAUGCCUUUCAUGUUUCAGUCAAAUUUUCAAGACAUUGAUUGAAGUUGUAAAAACACAUUGAUUCCUAAUUUCAUCUGUCACUCGCGCGAAUCUCUAUUCAAACGUGCGAGUGUCGUGCGAGUGCUUGAUGCUCAUCUUUGGAAAAAUAAAAAAGAAAAGAACAAGAGAGAGAGAGAAAUAGGUUCAGGUAUCGCGCGAUGCUCGUAUUGUAUCGACAGUUGUUUCUUCUUUUUUUUUGUAAUUUUCUUCUUUCAUAGCGAAUAAUUAAAGCUUCUUGUCAUCGGUUGAUUAUCAAGCAUUGUUGAGAAUUCAAAGGGAAGAUUUGCAGAAGGAUUCCAUGGAUAACAACUUGGACUUCACUUCAGAGGAUGAUAUGAAAAUGGCAUCUCUCAACAUGGAGGGACACUUCCCUAUGUCGAAUCAAGAGAGAUAUCAAGCCAGCGAUGAUCAACCUGCCGGACCAUCUCGGCUGUCCAAUACUGGAAGUAGAAGAAGUCAAGGAGCUAUUACUGAAGAACAACAACGUGAAAGAAAGAAAGAGAUUGAUAAAGCAUUUCGCAUGCGAAGAAAGGAACAAGCAAAAAAAAUGAAGGAGAAUUUGCAUAUUCUCAAUGAAGAGAAUACACGUCUAAAGAGGGAAAAUCAAGUUUUGAUGACCGAAUUAAAGAGACUCAAUGGCUCAAAAUUUGCAGUCAGCAGGCAGGAAAACCCAACAAAUCCAAUCCGAAAUCCUUAGUUUGAAACGCGAUAUUGCCGGUGGAAAGCACUAACUGAUUUCAUGAGUUACCCAGAAAUUUCUAUGGUGUUCCACCGAAUAUAUAUAGGCAACUAUAACUAAGCAAGCAAUUAGAGAAGUAUAGUGAAAGAGUUGUGCUGGGCACACCUUGUCAGAGAGCUUAUAUGUGAAGAGUUGUAAUAAAAGUUUAUUCGCUAGUAUAAUAAACGUGAGGUUCUCUUAAGAGUAUUUGAGCUUUAAGCAAACUAGCAGUGAACCCACGCUUUGCACGAGCUUUAUUUAUCAUUAACUUUAUAUAUAGUUGAAGAGCAUUGCGCGCCCGUUGUUUAUCUUGAACUCUGUAUAUGUGAAGAGUAUUGUACG